AAAAACAGACAUUUUUUAGCGGUCAGCAAAAAUGUCUCUCAUCGAAACAUCGAUAAGUUUUCAGUACUGCAACAAAUUUCGAAUGAAUAACCAGAGAUAUCUAAGUAGGAUGUAAUUGUAUCAGAACAAAAACAAAAGCAAAAAAUAAAAUCUUUCGCGUUUUUGUUCCAUUUGUUUCACAAUCAUCAAGCUGAGUGGUUGACAAAAAUCGUAUUUAAUAAACUUAAUGCAAAUGGUUUCCCAAACACUACGUUUUUUGUGCCUGGCUUUAAGUUUUGGCUUAAUUUCGGGAACGUGGUAUGGCAAUAAUGUUUGCCCCCAAAAUGUAAUGGUUUCGUACACCGUUCCAGUUCGCAAGACUACUAUGGUACCAUAUCAGUAUUAUGGCUAUGGAGGUUGGUCGACAAGGUAUAGACAACAAGUCCAUAUGGAAAACCAGAUCGCCUACAAAUGGGAUACCAAAUACAACUGCUGCGCCGGAUACACUGGCUCCAUCUACAACUGCCAGCCAGUCUGCGAGGGGAAAUGUCCAACCAACGGCUUCUGUAAUGCUCCAAAUCAAUGUAAAUGCUACGAAGGAUAUGGCGGAUCCGACUGCCAUCCGCUCUGUCCACAGGCUUGUGGCAAGAACGAGUUUUGCGGGAGUCCCGGAAGGUGCAGCUGCCAGAAUGGCUACCAUCGGAGUUCGUCAGGCGGGAACUGCCUUCCCAUUUGUUCCGCCGGCUGUGGGGACUUUAGCUUUUGCUCGGCGCCCGGCAAAUGCGAGUGCCUUCCCUCGUACGAGAUGCUGGGAAACGGCACCGCCUGUCAGCCGAUUUGUGAGCCAAAAUGCGGCAAAAACUCGCAUUGCCUGCAGCCGGACUUGUGCUCCUGCCUGGAAGGAUAUGUAGCCGACGAUCUGGGCGACUGUAAGCCCUCGUGCUCCGCCUGUCCGGAGAACGGGAUUUGCAUUAGUCCGGAGGUCUGCGCCUGCGAUCCCGGCUACGUGAUGCGGGACAAUCGCUGCGAACCCUUCUGCGAGUCGCCCUGUGGGGACUACGAGCAGUGUGUGGCGCCCAACGAGUGCCAGUGCUAUCCGGGCUACGAGAUCGCCGGCGAGGAGAAGAAGUGCCAGCCCAAGUGCAGCAGUGGCUGUCCCAAUGGCUUCUGCUUCAGUCCCGAGCAGUGUGCCUGCAAAGAGGGCUAUCUGAUGGGACCGAACAGCACCUGUGAGCCGCAGUGCAGGCUGAAGUGCGUCCACGGCCGAUGCACUCAGCCGGAUGUGUGUGAGUGCGAAACGGGUUACCGCUUCCGGGAGGACUCCCAGCACGUCUGCCAAGCGGUAUGCGAGGCUGGCUGUCGCAACGGGGAUUGCGUGGCACCCAACAUUUGUAUUUGCCAUGGAGGCUAUCAACCGAACGAUCCAGAUCCCACAAAAUCCAUUUGCCAGCCGGUCUGCCAGACGGCCUGUGUGAAUGCCACCUGCUCGGCACCGGAGGAAUGCACCUGCCUGGCGGGAUUUACAAGAUCCACGAACACCACUUGCAGGCCCCACUGUACCGGUGGCUGUGAGUCUGGCGAUUGCGUGGCGCCCGGUGAGUGCCAAUGUUGGCAGGGUUUCGAAAAAACGGAAGAAGGCUGCCGCCUGCAGACAACAUCGACUACUGAGGAACCCGAGACCACAACACCCGAAACUCCGGCCACUGAAACCACCACAGUUGCAACCGCUGACAUGGUCCACUACUCAAACUGCUCCGUGAAUUGCCUGUGUUGGGUGGAGUUCGAUGGCCAGGGAGUCCUCAGUACGGCCAAGUGCGCGAAACUCUGCGCGGAUGAUCAGGACAAGCCGUGCCUGAACUUGAAGAGUUGCCACUGCGAUCUGCCCAGUGGCCAGCUCUCGUGCAAGGAAGGUGAGGGCUAUGAGGACGAGGAAUCGAGUGGCGAGGACACGCGAUACGUCUGCAAAAUGGCAAAGACGAACGGUUCAAAAUCGGAGGCCGAUCCCAUUGUUGCCCAAGGCACUACGCCAUCCACGAAGUGGAUGGUCAUCGCGGGUUGCUGCGCAGGAAUCAUCCUUGGAGUUGCUCUGGCAGCCGUGGCCAGGAAGUACUAUCGACGCACCACCUACGAAACCGAUGAUGCCAUUUACCAGAACAGUACUAUAUAGUCUUAUCCGACUUCCUGGCUGUUCACAUAUUAUGUACUCCUUAUGUAAUAAAAGUCGAAUUUUACUGAAGAUUAAAUUAUUCAAGUUUUUAAAAAUUGAGAAUUAAUCUUAUAGCAGACGAACUUACUUUUAUAAAUAAUUGUUUUGGUCUCUUAAAUUUAUUUUACAAAUUAUAUUUGUAAUCAGGAAUAUUUAAAUAGUUGAAUUUCGAAUCAAAUAUAAAAGUUGAGUUCAUUGGAUUACCCAUGCAAACUCAUGUGGUAAAAAAAUAAAA